CCAAAUUUUUUACUUUGGUGCGUACUAUUUAUUGACGCCAAAGUAAUUAUUUGAAGGCAAGUUUUCCUAAUUGUGACUAGUCAUCAACGGGAUAAUUAAGCCGCUCUGAUAAGAAUCACAUGUUGUUUGCUCGGUACCACCGUCACAAGUCACCAAGAAGGUCACUUCCACCCUUUGGACUGAUAAGAAAGGUACCUCAAAACGGAAAAGGAGACCCACUUAUCCUAUAUUUGAGGUCGGAAAGUACCGUAAUUUUAUGAAACGUUGCCUACCUGAAACGCGACCCAACAACAUGAAGCUACGUGGACAUCCUACUCCUACCUGUAGACAACGACGUAAGUUAGUUUCUUUAGUUAGUAUUUCUGUUAGCGGCGUUCAAUGAACUUGCGGUUUAAUGAAGCAAAUUUGAAAAAAACCGACCAAAUGGUGACAUAAAACACACCUAUGGCAGUGGUGAUAUGUGGGGAAACCUCCCAAAUGACCCUCGUGAUAUGUGAUAUGUUGAACGUGUUUUGUUAAGUCAUUAGUUUGAGGUUUUCGUACAUUAAAAUGCACAAUUCUGCUCCUAGAAAAAGCAUCGUUUGGGCGUAUGUUUGGUGGCUGUUUGGGGGCAUUUUCGGCUUGCAUUUGUUCUAUCUCGAGAGGGAUGCACACGCGUUCCUCACGUGGAGCACCCUGGGGGGCUACGGGCUGGGUUGGCUGGCCGAUGUUACCAAAAUCCCAAGGUAUGUCAGGGAUUGCAACGAUGAUCCCAAGUUUUUGGAGGAGUUGGGCGAAAGGAUGAGGAGGAACAGAAAGCCCCCAUUUUCAACGAGUAGAUUCAUUUCAGCCGUAAUGGUGGGCUACCUCUGGGGCCAAUUGGUGAUAAUGGCCCUUCCUGAGGACGAAGUCUGGGGCUUCAACUGGAAAAUCUUCCAUUGGGUGAUCCCAUUCGCCGUCUCGCUAGGUGUGUGGGUGGUGGGCAACAUCGGGCGUGAGAAGGGCAAGCCUUGGCUCACGAUUUUCGCCUCGUAUUCGAGCUACUUGACCCGUUGGUACUUCCCCGACGAGAAUGUUUGGCUCACAGUGAUGGUGUUUUGCGCCGCUUUGACCUUCGACACCUUCUCCAAAGAGUGGAGACGGACUCCUCGCAAGAAGAAAACUUUCCUUCGCCGUAUUUCUCUCUUGAUAAUAUGCGCGAUGUUGUAUGUGGCGCUUUGGUCGUCAUAUUUCUACUUCAAUGGGAAGAUCACCGACGCCAACGGUGAUGAAAUCCCAGUCCACGAGGCGAUACAUCACUUUUUUACCUCCCCGUGGUGGACAGACCUCAAGCAGUCGCUUUAUGAUACCUAUCAAUAUGCCCAGCAUCAUGGGUGGUACGAGAUUUGGAGGCAAAUCAUCGAGUUGUCGGACCCCCAAGGGGAGCAGAACGCGUACAAGGUGCUCGGCGUGGGCCCUUCCUCAAGUCAAAGCGAGAUUACCGCCAAAUGGCGGGCUCUGAGCAGGGAAUGGCAUCCUGAUAAAGUCAAGGAUCCUGAGCAGCGCCAAGCGGCUCAGGACAAGUUUAUGGAAAUUCAGCAAGCCUAUGAGAUCUUGUCCAAUAUUAAGAGCAAGAGAAAGAGGAAAAAUAAAAAGUCUGUUGCCAAUGAUUGAUAGUGCUAGUUUCGAUUUAUUGUUAUUUAUAAUAAUAUAACUGUGUUUUAUCAUUUGAGAUUUUAUUAGAUUAAAGAUUGAGCCAAUUGAGUUGAA